AUGGCUUCACAACUAUACGUAAACUUGACGAACCUGGUAGAAGCACAUGUUAAAUCCAACAUUGAACAGUUUCUCUCAGAGAGUAUGGACAGGCAGGUCUUUCUCAAACGUAUGGACGACUGCUGGAGGGCACACUGUCGGCAAAUGAUAAUGAUACGGAGCAUAUUCUUAUAUCUGGACCGCACAUAUGUGCUUCAAAAUCCUAGUAUACAUUCUAUAUGGGAUAUGGGGCUAGAUUUAUUUCGUCACCACAUAGCAAUGAACACAUUGAUACAGACGAGAACUGUGGAUGGCUUACUGCUCCUCAUUGAGCGGGAGCGAGGAGGAGAUGCGGUGGAUAUAUCAUUGCUCAAGAGUCUGUUGCGAAUGCUCUCUGACCUACAGAUUUAUCAGGAUGCUUUUGAACAUAAGUUCCUGCAAGCCACCGAGCGGCUGUACGCGGCCGAGGGCCAGCGGCUGAUGCGCGAGCUGGCCGUGCCGCAGUACCUCGCGCACGUGGAGAAGCGCCUGCGCGAGGAGAACGAGCGCCUGCUGCACUACCUCGACGUGUGCACCAAGUGGCAACUAAUCCACACAGUAGAGAGACAAUUGCUAAGUGAGCACCUAACAGGAAUACUAAGCAAAGGCCUGGAGUCCCUUAUGGAUGGGCCGCGGCUCUCGGAUCUAACAACUCUUUAUAAUCUGUUCAGUCGAGUUAAAGACGGACUGAAUGAGUUAUGUAAUCAUUUCAAUGCUUAUAUAAAGAAAAAAGGUAGAACAAUAGUAAUAGAGCCAGAAAGGGAUAAGACAAUGGUUGCCGAGCUGCUGGAUUUCAAGGAGCAGCUGGACAACAUAGUGAACACCUGCUUCCAGCGGAACGACCGCUUCCUGUACUCCAUGCGGGAGGCCUUCGAGUUCUUCAUCAACCAGCGGCAGAACAAACCGGCUGAACUAAUUGCCAAAUUCGUCGAUCUCAAACUGCGUGCAGGCAACAAAGAGGCGACGGAAGAGGAACUAGAGAGGCUUCUCGAUAAAAUUAUGGUUCUGUUCAGAUUCAUUCACGGCAAGGAUGUGUUUGAGGCUUUCUAUAAGAAGGAUCUGGCGAAACGGUUGUUGGUCGGCAAGUCAGCCUCCGUCGAUGCCGAGAAGUCUAUGCUGAGUAAAUUGAAACAAGAGUGUGGGGGUGGCUUCACUUGUAAAUUGGAGGGGAUGUUCAAAGACAUGGAGCUGUCUAAGGAUAUCAAUGUUACAUAUAAACAGCACCUGGCAGCGAGCGCGGAGGGCUCGGGGCUGGAGCUGUCGGUGUACAUCCUGACGAUGGGCUUCUGGCCGACGUACCCGCCCGUGGACGUGCGCCUGCCGCCCGAGCUCACGCGCCACCAGGACCACUUCGCCAAGUUCUACCUCGCCAAGCACUCGGGCCGCAAGCUGCAGUGGCAGCCCACGCUCGGCCACUGCGUGCUGAGGGCGCACUUCCCGCAGGGUAACAAAGAAUUACAAGUAUCACUGUUUCAAGCACUAGUUCUACUCCUAUUUAAUGAUGGCGAUAAUCUCUCGUUUGAAGACAUCAAGGCAACUACUAAUAUCGAGGAAGGCGAGUUGCGGCGCACGCUGCAGUCGCUGGCGUGCGGCAAGGCGCGCGUGCUCGGCAAGUCGCCGCGCGGCCGCGAGGUGCACGACAGCGACGCCUUCGCGUUCAACGGGGACUUCGCCAACAAGCUGUUCCGCAUCAAGAUCAACCAGAUACAGAUGAAGGAGACGAGCGAGGAGCAGAAGGCGACCGAGGAGCGCGUGUUCCAGGACCGGCAGUACCAGAUCGACGCGGCCAUCGUGCGCGUCAUGAAGAUGCGGAAGGCGCUCUCGCACAACCUGCUCAUCUCCGAGCUCUACAACCAACUCAAGUUCCCCGUUAAACCGGCGGACCUGAAGAAGCGCAUAGAGUCGCUGAUCGACAGAGACUACAUGGAGCGCGACAAGGACAACCCCAACCAGUACAACUACGUCGCGUAAUCUCUGCACCGCUCUACUCUGUUGCCAACUACCCUCACUUAGUAGAUGUACCGCUCUAAGAUAGACCAAUGAUUCGUUUCAAUAAACAUUUAACGGACUAAAUUGCUGUUUUUUUCGUGUGCAAUAUAGCUUGGAUUACAUUUUAUUCUAAAGUACGAUUCACUUUGGAUAUUAUAAGAUAUACUGUCUCCAUUACAAAUAUGAUAUAGUCUUCGAUUGAUAAACGGCUAUCGCUUAUACAUACUUGGGCUCAUCUUACUAUUUCAUCUAAUAUAACAUCGUAAUAUAUAGAGGAGGGAUAAAUAAAACUAUUUAUAAUUUUC